AUGGCAUCAUCUGAUCCCGCCGCGUACAGUUACAAGCUCCGUUGUGAGCUCUCUGGUCACGAAGACAUGAGAUGGUAUUUGGAGCGGUGGUUUUGGGGAGUUGCGAACUGGUCGUGGCGAAGGUUUGUGGUAGACUUUGUGGUGGUUAGGUUGGUCUUUGUCUCUGCUCUGGUUUCCGAUAUUGUUUGGCUUAGUCGAUCUCCGGUAGGGUUUUGGUCUUUCGUCUUGUUGGUUGUAGUAUAG